AUGCAAAAUGCUGGAGCCGCAAUGCUAAGGCAGAAAUGCUUGAGCGGAGACAAAGGGCUUUCCUUCGUACCCAUGGUGGGAGCUUGGCCUGUUUCAAGAAGCAGCGCGAUUAAUAAUAAUAAUAUUUUAGAUUAUUUAUUAUUCCCUAGCCACUCUCUGCUCCUUUACCUGGUGCCUGCUGCAUGUACAGAGAUUAGCGAAGGUUGCAAACUGCCUGCGGGAGAGAAAAUGCAGAGCGGCGGCGAAACCCCCAGCUUUCCCCGAGGCCGCAGCCGAGCCGAGCCGCCCCACGGCUCCAGGUAA